UAAAUAGGUUUUUAAUGCAGAUUCUUACAGGAGGAACUCCAUAAACAGUCCUGACGCGCCCCCUCGUGGCCAAAACAGAAACUACUACUAAUUGGCACAACAACAAAAUAUAAAAUCUCCAGAAACGAAAGUGAAAUACUUUCUUUUAAAACUGCUGUCACAUCACAGUUUGACAUCACCCGCACAUCAUUCUGUUCCAGCCAGGUCUGACCAUAGUCCAGUUGACUUCUUAGUCACUUCAAACCGCUCAUCUCAUACUGAGAGACACUGAGAGGAGCAACAUGUCAGGAACCGGUGACAUCGAUGAAGGGUUUUACUCCAGACAGCUGUAUGUUCUGGGCCACGAGGCCAUGCACCGGAUGGGCACAGCCGACGUCCUCAUCGCAGGGAUGCGAGGUCUGGGGGUAGAAAUCGCCAAAAAUGUGAUCCUGUCCGGAGUGAAGUCUGUCACCGUGCAGGAUGAAGGCCAGGCACAGUGGGCCGACCUGUCCUCCCAGUUUUUCCUGAAGGAGGCCCAUCUUGGUCAGAACCGAGCCACUUGUUCCCUGCAACAGCUGUCUGUCUUAAACCCACAUGUGCAUGUGUCGGCUCACACUGGACCGCUGGAUGAGGAACUGCUCCUUCAAUAUCAGGUGGUGGUCCUCACUGACUCCUCCCUGGAUGAUCAGAAGCGUUUUGGUGAGUUCUGCCAUUCGCAUGGAAUCAAGUUCAUUGUGGCAGACACCAAAGGACUCUGUGGUGAGCUGUUCUGUGACUUUGGGGAGGAGUUUGUGGUCUUGGACCAGGAUGGAGAGGAGCCGGCAUCAGCGAUGAUACAGAGUGUCUCUAAGGCCAACCCUGGAGUGGUGGUCUGCACGGAUGACCGGAAAAUUCCAUUUACAAAUGAUUGUAAGGUUGUUUUCUCCGAAGUCCAAGGAAUGACGGAGCUCAACAGCAUCAGCCCGGUGGAGAUCGAAGUCCAUGGCUCAUACUCCUUCAGCAUUUGUGACACUUCAGCCUUUUCCAAGUAUGAACGUGGUGGAGUAGUGACCGAGGUUAAACAGCCUUGCACGCUGAAAUUUAAAUCACUGAGCGAGGCUCUGUUGGACCUUCAGCUGCUGAAAUUGAAUGAUUAUGGAAAAAUAGAGAGGCACACCACCCUGCACUUGGCUUUCCAAGCCCUCCACGGCUUUGUGAAGAAAGAACAGCGACUGCCUCAUCCUUGGUCUCAGUCAGAUGCAGAUGCUUUGCUGGCUUUAGUGGAAGAGCUGAAUGCAGUCGCACAGCUGGACCGGCUGGAUGAAGCUGCUGUGAGAAACCUGUCCUACACAGCCAGGGGAGACUUGGCUCCUGUCAAUGCUUUAUUUGGAGGACUUGCAGCACAAGAAGUCAUUAAGGCAUGUACUGGGAAAUUUACGCCUCUUCAUCAGUGGCUAUAUUUUGAUGCACUGGAGUGCCUCCCUGAAGAGGAGGACCAACCGGCAGAGUGCUCCUUUACAGCAAAAGGCACACGGUACGAUGGACAGAUUGCUGUGUUUGGGCAAGCGUUCCAGGAGAAACUUGAGAGGCAGAAGUAUUUCCUGGUUGGAGCUGGGGCCAUUGGCUGCGAGCUUCUUAAAAACUUUGCCCUCAUGGGGCUUGGUGCCGGAGAAGAAGGGCACAUCACGGUGACAGACAUGGACUUCAUAGAAAGAUCCAACUUGAACCGACAGUUCCUGUUCAGGUCUCAGGAUAUCAGGAAACCAAAGUCAGAUGUUGCAGCCAAAGCAGUGCGAGAGAUGAACCCCUGGAUGAACAUCACCGCACACCAGAAUCGCCUGGGUCCUGACAGUGAAGCGGUGUAUGAUUACAACUUCUUCAUGGGUCUGGACGGAGUGGCUGCAGCCCUCGAUAAUUUUGAAGCCAGGGUCUAUCUUGAUAAACGCUGCGUUCAACACCAGAAAGCUAUGCUGGAGGGAGGAACUAGCGGGUUACAGGGUCACACUGAGGUGGUGGUGCCUCACCUCACAAAGUCUUAUGGUGUGGUCACAUCCAGUUCUGAUGAUGCCAUCCCACUGUGCACGCUCAAGAACUUCCCUCACCGCAUUGAGCACACCCUGCAGUGGGCAAGAGACCAGUUCGAAGGACUGUUCAAACAGACACCUGAAAAUGUGAAUCUCUUCCUGAGAGAUGUCGGGUUCGUAGAGCGGACUCUUGGCCUCGGGGACGCUGAGGCCCUGGAGGUCCUUGGGGGUGUGUGGAGCAGCCUGGAGGACAUGAAAGAUGGAGGACAACGUCCAGCAAGCUGGAAAGACUGUGUGAGCUGGGCACGUUGCAAGUGGGAGACUCUCUAUAACAACGAUGUCCGCCAACUUCUGCACUGCUUCCCUCCUGGAGAGAUGACUGCUGCUCAUGUUCCCUUCUGGUCUGGAUCCAAGAGAUGCCCUCAUGCGCUGACCUUUGACCCCAGCUGUAUUACCCAUAUGGAGUAUGUGGCGGCAGCAGCUAAUCUGUACGCGCAGAUCUAUGGAAUCGCCGGGACCAGAGACUUUGCUUCUAUCAGAAACAUCUUAGAGGAAGUCAACGUGCCGCCUUUCACUCCCACGUCGUCUGUGAAGAUUCACCUCACUGACAAGGAGAUGAAGGAGGAGAAAGAAAAGGACAGUGAUGAAGCUGAAAAAGCCCGACUUGAGGAGCUGAAAGGGAAGUUGGCCUCACCAUCUCUGAGAAGCUCAGCCAAGCAGAUGUACCCCACCGACUUUGAGAAGGAUGAUGACAGUAACUUCCACAUGGACUACAUUGUUGCUGCUUCCAACUUGAGGGCGGAGAACUAUGACAUCCCUGCAGCCGAUCGGCACCAGAGUAAGCGCAUAGCUGGAAAGAUUAUCCCAGCCAUAGCUACGACCACAGCAGCAGUGGCGGGCCUGAUGUGCCUGGAGCUGUAUAAGCUGGUGCAGGGUCACCAGAAGAUCAGCUCCUACCGCACAGCCUACAUGUACCUGGCUCGCUCUCACAUUGUGUUCUGCCAUCCGACCGGGCCCCAGAACUUCGAGGUCGCAGGAAAGGAAUACACCCUGUGGGAUGACUUCCUUGUUGAGGGCAGACGCGGCGGUCAGCAGGAAAUGACCUUGGGAGAUCUUUUGCAGCAUAUCAAGGAUAAUUACAACUUGAGCAUCUCCCAUCUCUAUUACGAAGUAUCUCUUCUAUACAGGGGGCAAAAGGAAAGGCUCACACAGAGUGUUUCUGACCUGGUGAGGAUAGUCACCAAGAAAGAUAUCCCUCCAAAUAAGAAGAUGCUAGAGUUGAUGGCCUCAUUUACUGAAGAUGAGGACUGUGAGAUAGUCCCAGCUAUCAGAUACCUGCUGUAGGGAAGUUUCCACAAAGUUUCUAGUGAAAAGGCAAAGCAAAUGUGACAAAACUAACUUAACACUGCCGUCUAUCAUUCCCUUUAUUAAUUUAUCUACUUAUGUACCCUAUUGUUAAGCUACUCACUAUAAUAAUAUAUAAACUUGCAGGAAUGCUACAAGUAUGAAGAAUAUGAUGUGUAAACAAAUGCAAAUUUCCUUUAACUUCUGCAAUAAAGUAUUUAAAACAAACACUGCCGUGACAUCAUGCCAGUUAGAAACAUCCUCAUUUUGUUGCUUUAGCUGCUGUUUACAAAGAUUCAUAUCUGAAUGACAUUUUCCAGCACGUCUCUCUAUGUCUUCUCACGUCAUUCCACAAAUGUUUUUGAAUUCCUGCACAGCCAUAUUGUGAUCAGUUUUUGUUUUUAAAUGAUUAUUUGAACAUGUAAAGGGACUAAUUCCACAAUCCCUGUGUCUAAUCUAUUAUCAUGUCACAAUAAAUACUACAAAAUGUACAAAGACUGGUAUCCAUAUCCUCUUUUUUUCUGUAUUUUAAUGGCAAAAUC